AUGUUUGCUAAACCACAUGCACCACCUGUGAAAAAACGGCAAAAGUUAAAUUCAUCAAAUGUGUCUGAAAGUGACAUUAAGUUUGAAGAAGUGAUUUUUCUGGUUGAAAGAAAGAUGGGCUCAACAAGAAGGAAUUUCCUUACCAAUUUAGGCAGGAGGAAAGGAUUCAGAAUUGAAGAUUCCCUUAACAAUGCUGUUACCCACAUUGUGGCAGAGGGCAAUUCUCCAGAUGAGGUUUGGAAGUGGCUGCAAGACAGAAAUGUAAAGGAUAUGACAGAUGUAGCUGUUGUGGAUAUUUCAUGGUUUACUGAGAGUAUGAGAGCUGGCACCCCUGUAAGUGUAGAAUCACGACAUCGUCUUGUGGUAAGUAAACAAUUCAGUCUGUGGGAUAGUAGAGUUUCUCCUAGUAACGGUGGAUACAAUGUAGAAGAUUCCACAAUUAUAAAAGACUGUAGUGCAGGGCUGGGCAGCAGUGGAACAAUUUCUCAGUAUGCUUGCCAAAGGAAGACCACUUUGAAGAACUGCAAUAAAAUAUUCACGGAUGCAUUUGAUGUCUUGGCUGAACAUUUUGAGUUUAAUGAGAACAAAGGACACUGCCUGGCAUUUAUGCGAGCCUCCUCUGUGUUAAAAUCUCUCUCUUUCACCAUUCGUAACUACAGAGACUUAGAAGUGUUACCAUGCUUGGGACCACAAACAAAAGCUGUCAUUCAGGAAAUCCUUGAAUAUGGCAAUUCUUUGAAAGUUCAAGAUGUGUUAAUGGAUGAACGAUAUAAAACAAUUAAGCUUUUUACAAGCAUAUUUGGAGUGGGGCUGAAGACAGCCGAAAAAUGGUAUCGAAAAGGAUUACGCUCACUUGAUGAAGUGAAAGCUGACACAAGCCUGAGGUUCACAAAAAUGCAGAAAGCAGGCCUGCUCUACUAUGAUGACAUCAUAAGUUCAGUCAGUUGGGAAGAAGCGAAGGCUGUGGGUCAGAUUGUGAAGGACGCAUGCCGAAGAUUUGAUCCAGAUGCUGCAGUGGUUCUAACUGGUGGAUUUAGAAGGGGCAAGGAGUUUGGUCAUGAUGUGGAUUUCAUAAUCACAGCUCCUGAGAAUGGAAAAGAAGUUGGUCUCUUGCAAAAAGUUCUAAGUGAACUUACAUAUCAGGGCAUCCUUCUCUACUAUGAUGUCAUUGACUCAACUUUUGAUAACGCUCAAAUACCUAGCAAGAUGUUUGAAGCAAUGGAUCACUUUGAAAAGUGUUUUGCUAUCCUAAAAUUAAAGAAAGAACUUGUUAGUUCCAAGCAAUCUGAGAAGGACAUAAAUGGCAAAGACUGGAAAGCUAUUCGAGUGGAUCUGGUUAUUCCUCCAAUGGCCUGCUAUGCUUUUGCACUCUUAGGAUGGUCUGGUUCCCGGCAAUUUGAACGUGACCUGAGAAGAUAUGCCAAUGUGGAAAAGAAAAUGCUUCUGGAUAAUCAUGGACUUUAUGACAAGACAACGGGAAAGUUUUUAUCUGCCAAGACUGAAGAAGACAUCUUUGCUCAUUUGGGCCUGGAAUACUUGGAACCAUCAGAAAGAAAUGCAUGAAUAAAGCUUCCCCAUUGAUCUAUCCCAAUGUGCUGCAAAGAUUGACGUUUGUAAAUUAACAUUUAGGUUUGCUUAGCCAUUCCCUGCCUUCUAUACUUAAAAUAUAAAAGGAUUGGCUUUUUUAUCCCCUUCUUUGUUAUUCUUGAUUUAAUGGCACUUAACUGCAUUCAGAAAAGUAGGUGUAUAUUUUUAGCAGUGCUUUGUAUGAUGUUUCUAAAAUCCAAAACAUUAUUUCUUUGCAUUAUAAAUUAUUUCUAUUUGAGCCUUUGAUUUUGACUUUUGACUCUGAUGUUAAUUUG